AUGCGAUUGCCAGGGAAGAAGACGGCAGCUGAGGCCCGCAUUCGAUCGAAAACCACGAUGCUGCCCCUUAACGUGCUUCCCUACCGCUUCAUCUCGCGGGUGUGGGGCGCUGUCAACGACAUCAACUUGCCUUCUUGCUUGCGGGAACCAGUCUAUCGAGCGUGGACGCAUGCAUUCGAUUGCCAGCUGGACGAAAUGCAGCAUCCUCUGCGGGAGUACAAGAACCUCGGCGAGUUCUUCUCUCGUCAGCUCAAAGACGGCAUUCGGCCAGUUGACAUGGACCCACAGAAGGUGUGUAGUCCCGUGGACGGCCGCAUCUCGACCAUCGGAACUGUCGAGUGCACCGAAGGCAUUCCUGUCUUGGAGCAGAUCAAGGCAUGGCGAGGUGUACGAUAUCGCCUGGACGAGUUCCUGGGUGACGUUCCCGAAUUUUUUACCACCCCCCGGCCUGGGAAAGCGCUCUUCCAUUGUGUCAUCUACUUGGCCCCGGGCGACUACCAUCGCAUCCACUCGCCCAUCGACUGGCACAUGACAGAGCGGCGCCACUUUCCGGGCAACCUCUUCCCUGUCAACUCGCUGGCCGUCGCGACCGUCCCAAGUUUGUUUACGUGGAACGAACGUGUGGUGCUGUUAGGGCAAUGGGCGCAUGGCUUUCACUCGCUCACGGCCGUCGGCGCGACGAACGUAGGGUCGAUCUUGCUUGACGUGGAGCCUGAGCUUACCACCAACAUGUUCUACGACCACCACAAGAUUCGCCCGAAAUGGGGCGCGUGCCGCGCCAAGGUGUACGACCCGUUCCAUUCGGUGGUCCGUGGCACCCAAGUCGGCCAAUUCAAGUUGGGAUCGACGGUGGUGCUCGUGUUUGAAGCGCCGGCCGACUUUACAUUCACAGUCAUCCCUGGGGAUAAAGUGCGAUAUGGCCAAGCCAUUGGAUUGUUACCGCGCGCGGCACUAGCAGACAAAGCGCACCCGGCCGGGACGACUGCCACAUCCACCACCGCGACCGACGCCAACGAUCCAUGA